GCAGGGAGUCAGUGGUCCAUGAUGAGGCUGAGGCCUGUUGUGGUGUCGGUGUUUCUCACGGUGACAGUCGGUUAUUACGUUUACACGCCGCUGCCCGAAAGCAUCCAGGAGCCGUGGAGGCUGAUGGUGGUGUCUGCUGGGCUCAGGACGUCAGUGCAUCUGACCUCUGUGAUAAACUGGCUGGGUUACGAUCAUUACAUCAAGUCUGUCAGACAGUUGUCAGAGAGCUUCUAUGGGCUGACGAAGUCGGGCGACAGCACAGAGUCCGGUGGAGGCGUCGUGCCGGGAGUGAAGGUCAGCGACAUCACAUUUGCCGGCGUCCCCGUCCGAGUUUACGAGCCCCCUGCUGGAGGGGAGGGCCACCUGAGGAGAGGGUUGAUGUACUUCCAUGGAGGGGACUGGCUCCUGGGCAGUGCUGAACGGUGGUCAAAUGACGCCCUCAACCACAUGGUCUCUGAUGAGCUCAACACGGUCGUGGUGUCAGUUGAGUAUCGUCUUUAUCCAGAGGUGCGGUUCCCGGUGCCAUAUCUGGACUGCCUUGCUGCUGCCAAACACUUCCUGUCUGCAGAGGUUCUGGCCAAGUAUUCCAUCGACCCAGAGCGCGUGGCCGUGUCCGGGGCAAGUGUCGGCGGAAACCUGGCUGCUGCAGUGGCUCAGGGGAUAUCUACAGAUGACGCCGUGAGAGUAAAGUUCAGCAUCCAGGCUCUGAUCUACCCAAUGCUCCAGGCUCUGGACUUCAACACGCCGUCCUACUUGCAGAACCAAGACGUGCCCGUCCUCUACAGAGGCCUCGCGGUGCGUUUCUGGCUGCAGUACCUCGGCGUUGACCUCUCCCUGCAGCCCCAGCUCCUCGUGAACAACCACAGCUCCUCACAUCACGUCUCGCCGGAGCUGAGGGCGCGGGUCAACUGGACCACGCUCCUGCCCCUGAGAUUCAAGAAGGACCACAGACCUGUCGUGGUUGACAAGGGAUCACAGAGGCUCGCGAAGGAGGUGCCCGCGCUGCUGGACGCGCGGGCCUCGCCGCUGCUGGCAGGACCAGAGGUCUUGGCGAAAUGUCCCCGCGCGUACGUCCUCACGUGCGAGAACGACGUGCUGAGGGACGACGGGCUGAUGUACGCUCGCCGCUUACGGGACGCGGGUGUCACGGUCACCAGCAGUCACUAUGACGACGGUUUCCACGGAUGUUUUAGCUUCAUAGUCUGGCCAGUGGAAUUUGACAUAGGGAAGAGGUUGGUCAGGGGUUACAUCACCUGGCUGCAGAACAACCUAUGAGUCACUGAUACACUAACUUGUGUUUUGACUUUUUUAAGGGCUUUUAUUCAUCUGUUCUCAGGUCAUUCAUUCAUUCAUUCAUUCAUUCAUUCAUCUGCACACUUUCACCUGAUUACAAACUGCUGGCAAUGGAAAAUCAGAUAACAUCGAGACAGUUACGCACUGCAGCUUUAAAUAAUAUGCUGGUUCCAUUUCACACACUGAUUUUCUACUUGUAUUUUUCACUUAAAGUAUCUGAUAUUUUUGUUCUAUAUGAUGUUUGUUCUUUUAAUAAAUUAUUUCAAAACAUGAAAUCUUGCGUGGACAAGAUUGGACUUAACCCUUUAACCCCACGUUUGCAGGGUAACUUUGCAUUACCAUAGUUACGCGACAGUUAUUGUUAUUGUUAUUAUGAUCAUUUCACCUCGUGCCGUUUCAGGAAGCCAGAGAAUCAGCGUUUUUGUCGCCAGGGAGGAGAGUGUAUGAAGAACACCUGUACAUAUGUUUCCAUUUUUUUAUACUAUUCAAAUUUAACACUCAAAAUCUGUUCCUGUAACAUAUGUUUCAUUAAAUCCUCUAGUUCCAGGACACUUUUGUUCCUUUUCUGCAAAGUGGAAAGUAAACUCACACACUCUGACACUGUGGUUUGUUAAACACAUAAAUACACAAUUAUUUCGUCACUACUAGAGAGGACAAAAGGUCUCAGAGCUGAAUCAGCU